GGACGAGUCGCUCAAAGUGAACGAGUCGCUCAAAAGGAACGAGUCGCUCAAAGUGAACGAGUCGCUCAAAAGGAACGAGUCGGUCGGACAUUCCUCUCGCAGCUAACGGAAGUGAACGUUACGGUCAAACAGGUGAGAUCACCGGCCGUUUCGACGUCCCCUGAAACCAGCAGUGCGACGUUACCAGAAGGUUGAGCAGGUCGAGCCCCCCCAGGCAGAGACAACAUGCCCGCCGAGGAGGAGCCCACCGUCACCGUGAAGCUGCUGCAGCUGCUGCUGCUCUCCACCUACUGGGGGAUGCAGAUCUGGGUCACCUUCAUCUCCAGCUUCGUGAUGGACAACCACCUGAACAGACACACCUACGGCUUCAUCCAGAGCCGCCUCGUCCCCUUCUACCUCCACCUGGGUUCGGCCUGCGCCUUCUUCAACCUCACCAUCUUCGCCGUGCAUCACCCCAGCGACACGCUGGACGACAGAGAAGCCUUCCAGAUCUUCACCUUGUUCGUGUCGGUGACGGUGGCCGCCGUCAACGCGCAGUGGUUCGGCCAGAUGACGUCGGACCUCAUGGCGGACAUGCACCUGGUGGAGCAGGCGUGCGGGCUGGGGCAGGACAUCGGCCUGUCGUCCAACCGCGAGGCCUACGCCAAGCUGAGCGAGACCGACGCCAAGUACCGGCGCCUCAGCAGCCGGCUGCGUCUGUACCGCCUGCUGUCCUCGCUCUGCAACCUGUGCUGCAUCGGCUGCAACUUCAGCAGCAUGUGCUACAUGGCGGAGAACCUCAGCGCGCUGUGAGCUGGGCUUCAGACCUCCGACCUCAUUGGUCAUGAGGGAGAGCCUGGUUGUGUCUUGGGGAUUUAUGAUGAUUUUAUUGGCCCGGGUUUUUGUCACAUGCGGCGAGGAGCGAUCACCUGGAUGUGCUGUUAUAUUUCACCCUCCACCGACGAGACACCUGCUCUACAUCUAGUCUACAGCCUCUGGUCUCGGUGUGGUGACACCGGUUAGUUGGGCUCACCUGAGAAGGUAAACGUUGGUCUUUAGUUCUGCUGCUGUGAAACUAUAACUUUGUAAUGUUCAGCACCGUCAGGGUCCAUCAGAAGGUGUCCAGACCUUUGACUGGUGCAGCUGUUCUUUGUAUUGAAUGAAACAUCUGCACACGACUGACAGUAAUCCAGAUCUUCAUUGUUCCGCAGCUUUGACUCCUCCCACCGAACAUCGGUGAGUCGCUGGCGUUUGGUUCUCGUCUCAAAGUGGUCCGGCUUGUUUUUAGAGUCAGUUUGACGUAAACAAACCUCGCUGCUCUUUCACAGGCGUUUUGUCUGCUCUCGUUUGUCGGUUUUGUUCUUCGUGUGUUUGAAACCAGAAACAUUAACAGAACUUAGGAGCCUUUAUUGUUUGGACUGAUGAAAGUAUAAUGUGACCUCAAGCUGCCAAAGACGAUUUUUAUUGUAUCCUGUUGAGAUUUAAAUAACAUUGAAUGCAAAUCAUGAGAUGGAUUUCUACUUGAACACAAAGGACUGUUUGUGUCUUCAUGGGUUGUUCUUGUCGUACUGGAGGGAUUCUGUCAAAGGGGCUUUGAUUGUAUUAAAACAUUUAUUCGUUUUAUGAGGAUUAAGUUGUAAUAUUUGCUCAGGCAAAGCCAAAUAAAGCCAGAUGUU